CGAAGGAGGAGGAGGGGGCAACUGGGCACGUGCCUGCUGAAAUGGCCUGUGCACACCUUACCUCAGCAAAACAGCACAGACCACUUCCAAAAAAGACAAGGGGGGGAUCCCCGGAGGCAAUGCCCCGCAAGCUGAUCAAGCCACGUUCACCCUUUGGUUCCAUGCGCCACAAUGACGUUGAUGUCAGUCAGGCCUGGUUCCUCGGGGAGGCGAUACCUCCAGCGCAAUCUUUCACUUGAUCACCUCAAGCCUGCAGCCUCUCCUUCACCCGUACUUUGCGUUUGUAUCGCUCUUCCACCAUCUAGAAAAAGCCUCUUGUACCUAAGCCCUACCGGUCACCAAGAUGGCGAACACUGGCGCCCCUCCAAACUACUACAAGAUCCUCGAGAUCUCGGAGGCGGCUACGACCCAGCAAGUUCGCGAUGCAUACAAGAAAGCCGCCUUGAAGACACACCCAGACAGGGUCCCCGCUGACUCGCCCGAGCGAGCAACGCGCACCCGCAAGUUCCAGCUCGUCAACGACGCAUACUACACCUUGUCCGAUACACAAAGACGCCGAGAAUACGACGCCCAGCGAAAAAUCUUUGGCGCAUCCGCCGGUACAACAUACGGCGACUUUUCCGACGACGACUCUGAUCCGGAGGAAGUACCCCCACAGGCCGGCCCCAACCCGCAAAAUGCCUACUCGUGGGCAUGGAACUUCUUCACCGGCGGGAAGCAAGGUCAACAGAACGAGGGUCAGCGCGCACAGGCAGACAACGCACAGUUCGGCGAUGUCUUUGAGGAGAUGUUGCGCGAGGAGGGCAUGGCCGAGGAGGGUACCAACCGCCCGACGAGCUCGUUCUGGAGCAUGGUAGGCGGUCUUAGUGGUGGCGCGCUUGGCUUCAUUGUCGGAAACAUGCCUGGCGCGCUGGCGGGUGCUGUCGCUGGAAACAGGCUUGGCUCCGUUCGAGAUGCGAAGGGCAAGAGUGUCUAUGCCGUUUUCCAGGACCUCCCCCAGGCAGACCGCGCGAGGCUGCUUACUCAGUUGGCUGCUAAGGUGUUCAGCCAUACUGUAGGAGCUUAGGAACUUUUGGGAUUUCAGAUGGGUUCAGGAUGAUAUCACAUGGGCAGCUCGGAGUUUUGGGUUCGGUCAAGAUCGGUAUGAAUAGGUAGUUUCAUCAUGCCAACUUGGCACUUUGGCAUCGAUACAUUAGAUAGCUUUUAUCCCUUCAAAAGUAUUGCCUGUCGUCAGAAGUGUGACGUGUCUGUAUAACACAGCUCGACGAACCUUUCCUCCAUUUGACACAACACGAUCCACGAUCGGAUGGACCCUGCCGCAACACACACCAUGGCCUCCUCCACUGACCGGUAUCUCACAAAUUCCACUGUCAGUCACAACCCCACCAGCCUCCACGAGCCAUUGCCCAGGUGGUGUCCGCGGCUCCGCAGCUGUGGAUGUGUGCAGCGGGGUGAAGCGGGGUCGUCGCGCGCUCUAUGAUUAGCUGAUCGCUUCCGGAUC